AUGCCUCCCCGCCCUCGCCUGGCCAGCGCCCUGCCCGGGCCCUCGACGCUGAGACAACACGGCGCCAUCAAAUCAUCAUCGCCGCCCUCGCCUCGCCCACGCGCCUAUGCCACCGACGCAUCGACAGCUAUCCGGCCCCUUGUCGCCACCCUGCCUUCGCGCUCGCGCUACGCCUAUAAGGAGCCAGAGCUCACCGUCGACCACCUCGUCGUCGGCGGAGGCGUCGUCGGCCUCUCGAUCGCCGCGGCCCUCGCAAAGCGGUGGCCCAACAAGUCCACCUACCUCGUCGAGCGCCACCGGCACUUUGGCGAAGAGACCAGCUCGCGCAACAGCGAAGUCAUCCACGCCGGCCUCUACUACCCCAGCCACUCGCUCAAGACCCGCCUCUGCCUCGAGGGACGCGAACUCAUCUACCAGCGAUGCCAGCGCCUCGGGAUACCCUACAAGCAGACCAAGAAGCUCGUCGUCGGCGGCGACUACGCACAGCCCUACCUCGCCAAGCUCAAACAGCACUGCGACAGCCUCGGCCCCCUCAGCCCGCCAACACGCCUCCUCAGCGGCGACGAGGCCAGACAGCUCGAACCCGACCUCGCAGACAGCAUCGGCUGCGCCCUCCUCAGCGAGCGCACCGGCAUCGUCAGCAGCCACGAGCUCAUGGCCAGCCUCGAGCGUGAGCUCCUCGACGCUGAAAACGCCGAAAUCGUCUACGACACCCGCGUCGUCCGUGUCGAUCCAAGCCGGGCCUCGUCGUCGCCUUCGUCGUCGUCGUCGUCUCUGGGAGCCAAGCGGGGCACCGACGGCUCGCGGCAGGGCUGGGUGGUGCAGACCGUCACCUCGGACGCCGGCACCUCUUCCGACUCGGACGCGCUGCUGGCAAAGGUCGUCGUCAACUCGUCGGGCCUCAACGGCCCCAUGGUGCUCAACUCGCUCCUCGGCUCCAUGGGGUCGCAGGAGCCCCUCAUCCCCAUGUGGUACGCCAAGGGCAACUACGCCUCGUACAAGGGACCGGGCACGCGCAACGUCGAGCACCUCAUCUACCCGGUGCCCGACACGCGCAAGGGCACCCACGCCCACACCUCGCUCGGCACCCACCUCACCCUCGACCUCGACGGCAACGUGCGCUUCGGCCCGGACACCGAGUGGCUCUCUCCCCCGGCACCUUCCUCGUCCUCCUAUUCCUCGUCUUCGUCGCUGGACGCCGUCGACGAGGACCACAUCGACUUUUGGCGCAAGUCGCUAACGGUCUCCGAGUCGCGCCUGCCCACCAUGUACUCGCAGAUCACCGAGUACCUGCCGCACAUUUCGCGCGAUGGGCUGGCGCCCGACUACGCCGGUAUCCGCCCCAAGCUCAUCGGACCGGGCCAGGGCGGCUUUAUGGACUUUACCUUUCUCUGGCACCGUUCGGGCGACCUUGGCUCGCAGCACCUCUGGCAGCACGCCCCCGGCACCGGCCCCGCAUCUCCCACGACGACCACGGCGACGACGCCGCCACCCGUUGGGCGACACCACGUCCAGGCGCCGAGCGAGGGCAGCGGCGGCGCCAUGAUCAGCCUGCUCGGCAUCGAGAGUCCCGGCCUGACUUCGUCGCUGGCCAUCGGCGAGUACGUCCGCGACAUGGUCGCGAGGUCCUACUAUGGCGAUCACCGCAAGGAGGAGGUGCGCAACAAGGGCGCGCGCAACGAGGACGUCGGCGGCUCCGGUGUCGAUGCCUGGGCCUAG